AUGUGAAAUCAGUUAAUGUCGAAAAUGUACAUGCAUAGCACGUUACACAUAUCAUAGAGGCACCUUAUCAGUAAACCCUGUAGCUGAGAAAUGGCAUUGCACCCAGAAACAUGGGCUUUUAUAAUAACUGCAAGUCUGAAACGAAUGUUCUGUGCCAAUAGCACCCCAGGGAGUCCAUUCAGUAUGCUUCUCAACGUCAGAAGACAUGCGUUGCAGACACUUAAAUCACCCAAUUGCCAAGAGGCAUUACGUUUGACUCUUCAUGAUUCUUUCCAAUACAGAUUGCCGUCUUUGCACACACAGUAUUCACUGUCUUCAGUAGCGGCAAUGGCGUCUGUCUCCUACGACGAAAUGUUGGCCACACAGCUUCCAAAUGUGACAUCUUCGAUGGCAGCAACGGAAAGCGUUUUAGAUUAUUUCGUGUCAUUCGCAACUACCUGGACGCCGACCAACACAUCUGAUGGCACAACCCACGGAAACAUCACAGUCACAACAACGCAGCCGCCAUUUUCGUACACCGUGUCCGCCAUCUUGGCUCUCCUCAUCACAGUGGUCAUCCUGAUGACGGUUUUCGGCAACCUUCUGGUCAUCGUGGCCUUCUGGCAGACCAAGACCCUCCAGACCACCAGUAACUAUUUCCUGAUGAACUUAGCCGUGGCUGAUCUGAUGAUAGGACUGUUGGCAAUGCCUCCUUACACGCCGUACAUUCUCACGGGUGUGUGGCCACUGGGGCACUCCAUGUGUGUGGCGUGGUUGGCGUUGGAUUAUUGCAUCUGCUCGGCCUCGACUCUGAACAUCAUGGCGAUCAGUUGGGACCGUUAUCGAUGCGUCACACAGGCUGUUAAAUACAAGCUCCAUAACUCUAAGAAGAACACGUACAUCCAAAUGGGCCUUGUGUGGAUCAUAGCCUUUUUGCUGUACGGUCCCGCCAUCGUGAGCUGGGAGCACGUCACCGGAAGGAGACUCAUCCCUGACCGGAAGUGUUUUGUACCCUUCCACGACAAUUUCCCAUUCACCUUCACAGCCUCCGUGGUGGAGUUCUUCACCCCUUUCGUUAGCGUGUCCUUCUUUUACUUCAAAGUCUACAAAGAAAUCCGCGAAAGGGCCAAAGCGAAGUUAAAACGUAAGGACGAGUACAAAGCUUUUCAGUCAUCUAUUAGAAGAAGGGGUGGGAGGGGGUCCUCCAAUAUUGAGGACGUCCCGUCGUCCCUUGCACCGGAAAUGACAUCGUUAAUGACUCUUGCCAGCAGCAGCUCCUCCACAGGUGCUUCCCAUAGACCUUUGCGGGUAAAAAAGAAGACGUCCUAUGAUCACAUGGGUCGGGAACUGCGCGUAGCAAAGACACUCGCCAUCGUAGUGGUCGUGUUUGCUAUCUGUUGGACACCGUUUACAAUUUUCACCCUCAUCCGAACUCUCUGUUCGUCCUGCAUUGUUGACGAGCUGUACGAAGUGUCCUUCUGGUUGCUUUGGCUAAACUCUACCGUGAAUCCUAUCGUUUAUGCCGCUUUCCAUACCCAGUUCCGGGCAGCGUUCCAGGCUCUCAUCUGCCAGUGGUGUAAGAUAACUUUCCUGCCGGAACAAGAGCCCGUAGAGACCGAACAAAAUUAUAAACCAGGCGUCUCGGUCGUUUGUGAAGAAAGGACGGAGUUUCGGACAGACGAACAAGCUUGAGAUGAUGAUGAAGAAACGUUCAUGGAUAUUCCGUACUAGUUUGCAGUUCGUGUUGAAUUUGUCUUAUGAUGAUAUGUGCUUUCGUCACUUGUAAUGGUGUCAUAAUGUAGCAAGAGAUGUGAAGUAGUAGUAUUUUUACCUUCGUCUCAUGUGAAUAUUAACACCUGAUAAACAUGUUGAGUGUUGAAAGACAUACCUGCAGAAAUGUAUCGAUAAAAAUAUAUAGCUUGAUUAUACAGUGGGAACGGAAAUGUAUGCAUAAUCUAUGUAUUAUUUCAUGGACCUAGUUACAGUCAUGUUUUUCUUACCCUUUUGAACACGGCCGUUUUAAUU